AUGCCGCCGAGGAGGAACCAACUAAAGAGAAAACAAUCUGUCGCAACCCGCAGCUCAGCCAGGCUAGCUAAGAAGCGUCUAAUUGCUACGUCAGAGGAGGAUGUGAAGAUAUCGGGGCCAGAUGUCGAAGAGCCAGAGGUCAAGACAGAACCAGUGUCAGAGGAUGAGGCACCACUUCCUGUUACACCCAGAAUCAAGAUCGAAGGAGGAGGUGAUGAUGGCGCCGAAGCAGAUGACGAAGCUGAAGACAUCCAGGGAAGAGGCAACGAUGAGGAUGAGCGACCAGAAUCUUCUGAGAGUGAACCGGAGGUAGAUACCCCUGAUGAUGAAACGGAUUAUGAACGGUACAUGGCGUACGAGUCUGACGAUCCUGAGUACCACGAAAUACGACGCAGACGUGCAGAGAUUGAGGUAUCGCCGUUGCCCAACUUACCGCAAAUUCCUCGAUUGAUCACGACACUUCGUGGUAAUGGCAGGGAUAACUCGGAUCAACGCCUCAUAGCCAGUUCCGGAACGAACAGGCUCCCAAACUUUUUCGAUAAAUAUGGAACCCGGCAUCAUAUCCCUAUCGAGGUCUUUAAGCAAAUAUUAGACUCCCUGUAUCAACAAAAAGAUGACAUUACCGCUACUUCAGUAUCCCUUACCAAUGUUUUCAAUUACGGACUCGUCUUCGAUAUUUUUGGACUCAGUAUGUGUGGGAAAAUCAAGAAUUUACUACAGUGUCGGCCAGUGGAAACAUGGGAAACAGGUUUUUUUGACCUCCCAUUUCUCUCUGCGCCAUCCUCCAGGCCCAAGAUUUGUCUUCGACAUGUCCUUCAUUCGUGGUUUCCAGAACGGCUCACGUGGAUCCAGUAUGGCAAAAAACUCAUGUAUCAUGGUCCGAUCUCCCUCAAGCUUAUAAAAAGAUACAUAAGAAGAACUGAAGGGGAAGGACAACGCAGGGCGCUUAAGGAACAUAAAACACGACUUGGGCAAGGUCAGGAGAAUAAGUUACAAAGGCAGAGAGACAGAAAAGAGCGAAUCGAAAAUAGACGCAACAGAAGAAUUGCCAGGUUGUCAGAAAUAAGGGAAGCACACGCGGAGGAUUCAGAAUUCUCAGAUGAUCACAAUUGCGUUGAGAGUCAAUGUGCUCUUAAUCCCGAAACGGCCCAUAAGAAAAUACAUUACAUCUCUUCCGGGCGCGACCCGGUUACGGAUUCUGAAGCAGAAAAUUCUUUUGUCGAAGACUCGGAUGAUAUAGGAUGGGCGACCGAGGACUCAAUGCUAGCACCAUAG